UCUCAGGGGUUCCUAAAAGUCGGUCCAUCAGGACGCGAUCUGCAGCCGACACCUGCGAUGAAAGGUGAGUCGACGGCCGGCACGCAAGUGAUGAGCAUGGUCAAGAUCAUGGUCUGCAAGUCCACUACAUAUCUUGAAGUGGUGAAUCUGAUUCGACGACCUCUAAUGGACCUGGAACAUGAGCCGACAAGACGUCAUCAUUGCGGAGGCCCUAAACUUUGUGGCGAGAUAUUACCUCCAAAUUUUGAAUCUUUCUGAAUUCUGGGGACUGCUGUCUGCAUACAUGUAUUUGAUGGGCUGUGCCGCUGUUUCCGCGCUACAUUUGGGAAAGCAGGGGCGAGGUUGGAAGGCGAGACAAGAAUAAAAUGCC